AUUUUAGGCGCCAUUUUCGAGUGAAGGACCCGGAGCCGAAACACCGGUAGAAGCGGGGGUGCUAUACAACGGUUUCCAGCUUCGGUGUGCGUGGACUACCCCGCAGCGACCAUGCCCCGCAAAGGCACCCAACCUUCCACCGCCCGGCGCAGAAGGGAAGAACCGCCUCAGUCCCCGGACGGCACCAGCAGCGACGCGGAGCCGGAACCCCCGCCCGGCCGCGCGGGCAGCCCGGCCCCUGCUACCGCAGAGACACCAAGUGAGGAAAUUGAUAAUAGAAGUUUAGAAGAAAUUUUGAAUAGCAUCCCUCCUCCCCCGCCUCCAGCAAUGGCCAAUGAAGCUGGAGCUCCUCGGCUUAUGAUAACUCAUAUUGUAAACCAGAACUUCAAAUCCUAUGCUGGGGAAAAAAUUCUGGGACCUUUUCAUAAGCGCUUUUCCUGUAUUAUUGGGCCAAAUGGCAGUGGCAAAUCCAAUGUUAUUGAUUCUAUGCUUUUUGUGUUUGGCUAUCGAGCACAAAAAAUAAGAUCUAAAAAACUUUCAGUACUAAUACACAAUUCUGAUGAACACAAGGACAUUCAGAGUUGUACUGUAGAGGUUCAUUUUCAGAAGAUAAUUGAUAAGGAAGGGGAUGAUUAUGAAGUCAUUCCUAACAGUAACUUCUAUGUAUCCAGAACUGCCUACAGAGAUAAUACUUCUGUCUAUCACAUAAGUGGGAAAAAGACAACGUUUAAGGAUGUUGGAAUUCUUCUUCGAAGCCAUGGAAUUGACCUGGACCAUAAUAGAUUUUUAAUCUUGCAGGGUGAAGUUGAACAAAUCGCUAUGAUGAAACCAAAAGGCCAGACUGAACAUGAUGAGGGUAUGCUUGAAUACUUAGAAGAUAUCAUUGGUUGCGGACGGCUAAAUGAGCCUAUUAAAAUCUUGUGUCGGCGAGUUGAAAUAUUAAAUGAACACAGAGGAGAGAAGUUAAACAGAGUUAAGCUGGUGGAAAAGGAAAAGGAUGCCUUAGAAGGAGAGAAAAACAUUGCCAUUGAAUUUCUUACCUUGGAAAAUGAAAUAUUUAGAAAAAAGAACCAUGUCUGUCAGUAUUACAUUUACGAUCUGCAGAAACGAAUUGCUGAAAUGGAAACUCAAAGGGAAAAAAUUCAUGAAGAUACCAGAGAAAUUAAUGAGAAGAGCAGUAUACUAUCAAAUGAAAUGAAAGCUAAGAAUAAAGCUGUAAAAGAUGUAGAGAAGAAACUGAAUAAAAUAACAAAAUUUAUUGAGGAAAACAAAGAAAAAUUUACACAGCUGGAUUUGGAAGAUGUUCAAGUUCAGGAAAAAUUAAAACAUGCUUCAAGUAAAGCCAAGAAACUGGAGAAACAACUUCAGAAAGACAAAGAAAAGGUUGAAGAAUUUAAAAGUAUACCUGCCAAGAGUGAGAAGAUCAUAACUGAAACAACAGCUCGAAGCAGUGCUCUAGAGAAGGAAAAAGAGAAAGAAGAAGACAAAUUAAAAGAAGUUAUGGAUAGCCUUAAACAGGAAACACAGGGGCUUCAGAAGGAAAAAGAGAGUCGAGAGAAAGAACUUAUGGGUUUCAGCAAAUUGGUAAAUGAAGCUCGUUCAAAGAUGGAUGUUGCCCAAUCAGAACUUGAUAUCUAUCUCAGUCGUCAUAAUACUGCAGUGUCUCAAUUAAGUAAGGCCAAGGAAGCUCUAAUUACAGCUUCUGAGACUCUCAAAGAGAGGAAAGCUGCAAUCAGAGAAAUAGAAGCAAGACUCCCUCAGUCUGAACUGGAAUUAAAGGAGAAAGAAAAAGAACUUCAAAAACUUACACAAGAAGAAAUAAAAUUUAAAAGUUUGGUUCGUGAUCUUUUUCAAAAAGUUGAAGAAGCAAAGAGUUCCUUAGCAAUGAAUCGAAGUAGGGGGAAAGUCCUUGAUGCAAUAAUUCAAGAAAAAAAAUCUGGCAGGAUUCCAGGAAUAUAUGGAAGAUUGGGGGAUUUAGGAGCAAUUGAUGAAAAAUAUGAUGUUGCUAUUUCCUCCUGUUGUCAUGCAUUAGACUACAUUGUUGUUGAUUCUAUUGAUACAGCCCAAGAUUGUGUGAACUUCCUUAAAAGACAAAAUAUUGGAGUUGCAACCUUUAUAGGUUUGGAUAAGAUGACAGUGUGGGCAAAUAAAAUGACCAAAAUUCAAACUCCUGAAAAUACUCCUCGGUUAUUUGAUUUAGUAAAAGUAAAAGAUGAGAAAAUUCGCCAGGCUUUUUACUUUGCUUUACGGGAUACCUUAGUUGCUGACAAUUUAGACCAAGCCACAAGAGUAGCAUAUCAAAAAGAUAGAAGAUGGAGAGUGGUGACAUUACAGGGGCAAAUCAUAGAACAGUCAGGUACAAUGACCGGUGGUGGAAGCAAAGUAAUGAAAGGAAGGAUGGGUUCAUCAGUUGUUGUCGAAAUCUCGGAAGAAGAGGUAAAUAGGAUGGAAUCACAGUUGCAGAGACACUCUCAAAAAGCAAUGCAAAUCCAGGAGGAAAAAGUGCAACUGGAAGAAGCAGUAGUUGAGUUAAGGCAUAAUGAACAAGAAAUGAGGAAUACCCUAGAAAAAUUUACUGCAAGCAUCCAGCGUUUAUCAGAGCAAGAAGAAUAUUUGAAUGUCCAAGUUAAGGAACUUGAAGCUAAUGUACUUGCUACAGCCCCUGACAAAAAAAAGCAGAAAUUACUAGAAGAAAAUGUUAGUGUUUUCAAAACAGAAUAUGACAACGUGGCUGAGAGAGCUGGAAAAGUAGAAGCUGAGGUUAAAAGAUUACACAAUAUUAUUGUAGAAAUCAAUAACCAUAAACUCAAGGCCCAGCAAGACAAACUUGAUAAAAUAAAUAAGCAAUUAGAUGAAUGUGCUUCUGCUAUUACUAAAGCCCAAGUAGCAAUCAAGACUGCUGACAGAAAUCUUAAAAAAGCACAAGACUCCGUCUUUCGCACAGAGAGAGAAAUAAAAGACACUGAGAAAGAAGUAGAUGAUUUAACAGCAGAACUAAAAAGUCUUGAGGACAAAGCAGCAGAGGUCGUAAAGAACACAAAUGCUGCAGAGGGGUCCUUACCGGAGAUCCAAAAAGAACAUCGUAAUCUACUUCAAGAACUAAAAAUAAUUCAAGAAAAUGAACAUGCUCUUCAAAAAGAUGCACUUAGUAUUAAGUUGAAACUUGAACAAAUAGAUGGUCACAUUGCUGAACAUAAUUCGAAAAUAAAAUAUUGGCAAAAAGAGAUUUCAAAAAUAUCACUGCAUCCCAUAGAAGACAGUCCUCUUGAAGAGAUUGCAGUUUUAACCCCAGAGGAUCUUGAAGCAAUCAAGAACCCAGAUUCUAUAACAAAUCAAAUUGCACUCUUAGAAGCCCAGUGUCAUGAAAUGAAACCAAACCUUGGUGCCAUUGCAGAGUAUAAAAAGAAGGAAGAAUUGUAUUUACAGCGGGUAGCAGAAUUGGACAAAAUUACUUGUGAAAGAGAUCAGUUUAGACAGGCAUAUGAAGAUCUUCGGAAACAAAGGCUUAAUGAAUUCAUGGCAGGUUUUUAUAUAAUAACAAAUAAAUUAAAGGAAAAUUACCAAAUGCUAACUUUGGGAGGUGAUGCUGAACUGGAGCUUGUAGACAGCUUGGAUCCUUUCUCUGAAGGAAUCAUGUUCAGUGUUCGACCACCUAAGAAAAGUUGGAAGAAGAUCUUCAAUCUUUCAGGAGGAGAGAAAACACUUAGUUCAUUGGCUUUAGUAUUUGCUCUUCACCACUACAAACCUACUCCUCUGUACUUCAUGGAUGAGAUUGAUGCAGCCCUUGAUUUUAAAAAUGUGUCCAUUGUCGCAUUUUAUAUAUAUGAACAAACAAAAAAUGCCCAGUUCAUAAUAAUUUCUCUUCGAAAUAACAUGUUUGAGAUUUCAGACAGACUUAUUGGAAUUUACAAGACAUACAAUAUAACAAAAAGUGUUGCAGUAAAUCCAAAACAAAUCGCAUCUAAAGGACUUUGUUGAAUUAAUUUAUAGCCAGGAUUCUUUAAAUUGAAUCAGUGAAGAUUGAGCAUAUUGUAUUAUUGAUUUUCUAUUUGUAAAGGACUAUAAAUUAUGUAAAAUACAUAUUCCUAAACUGGAUCAUAUAACUGGUUUCUAGUUUAUGCUAUUAGGAGAUAGGUUAAAUCAUCUAAUAAAAUAUUCUAGGGACACCUGA